AUGCAGAAAUCAUGGUAUACAUACUAUGAUAUUCCUCAUCUCAUACUAGCAGUUGUUACUUUACUUAUGGCACUUGGUACAAGUUUUAUGAAACCAGAUCCGCUAUUUAUUCCAAAUAACGAUUCUAAUUCUCAAUUUCCCCAUCUCGGAAAGAACACAGUACCAACAUGGUUUGCAAUAGUAUUAGUUGUUGUUAUUGGUUUAGUUACUUUUAUCGGUUUUUAUAUCUUUACACUUAAAUUCCCAGAUCAUAUUCGCAAAUUUAAUAUAUUUAGCGCAAUAUUUAACUUUUUUGCCGUCUUAGGUAUCAGUACAACAAUAGUUAACAUUCUUAAGAAUUUUGUUGGAAGAGCUCGUCCCGACAUGUAUUCUUUAUGCGGAAAUUUUGUCGGAGAAGAAUAUUCUUCAUGCACUGCAGAUGUCUCGCGUAAAGUAUUUGAUGAUAACUAUCGUUCAUGGCCUUCUGGUCAUUCUGCUGCUGCUCUUUCAGGUUUUAUGUUCCUUGCGCUAUUCGUACAGCGCGUCAUGAAAUUUUCCAAAUCUCUAGGAACGUUUUUUGCGGCUCUCUAUAUUCUACUUGCGUUAUAUAUAGGUGCAACAAGAAUUAGAGAUUUCAAACAUCAUCCAGACGAUGUACUCGCAGGAUUCUUCUGCGGAUAUAUUAUAAGCAGACUUGUAUGGGAACAAUGCAGAAAGAGUUUAUUUAAAAAUAUUGAUAAUAAAGUCGAAGCUGAGCGCGAGCCUGAUAAUGAAGAUGAUCAAGCUUUAAAUAAUCAAGAGCCAAAGCCUUGA